AGAAAAAAGGAAAGUGAAGUAGCAGCACUCAAACAGUCUUUGUAUAUGUUAGAGGGUGUUGGUGCGCAGAAGGCUACAAAGUAUAUUAGAGCGAAAAAAAUAAAAAAUAAAAAACAAAGAAAUCAAAAAGAGACCAUCAAAGCACGAAGGAAAAGGAAAGUUUUGUUGAAUGUAGAAAGGAUGGUUUAUCUUGCCCCGCACAAAGGUUUGUGGCUGAAAAACACUACUAAGUAAAAGAGAUUUGACAUUGAGGCAGAGAGAGAAAGAGAAAGAGAAACCCAAAGCCUUUGGACUUUUCUUUCACCCCCACAACCACAAGAGAAAGAAAGAAAGAAACAUGGAAAGUAACUGAUUGAUCCCAGCAUGAUAGAAUUAGAAACUACAAUUGUAUCACACAUCAAAGAGAAUUAAGGAAGCAACAACUGCAACAGCAGCUAUAGACCCUAGGGAAAUGAUACAGGAAGAUCAAGGACAGUGUUCUUCUCAAGCGAUCAAUAACUACCACCAAGCCUAUCAAGAGCAGCUUCUCCUUCAGCAACAGAUGCAGCAGCAGCAGCAACAACAACAACAAAACAAUGAUAUCUUUGGUGGAGGAUUGAACAUGUACCCUGGUGGUGAAGUUUCUCAAAUCAUGCAUCAUCAUCAUCAUCAACCAUGGUCUAUGACUAUGCCUCAUCACCAUCAUCAUCAUCAUCAGGUUCAUGACCCUUUUCUUGUCCCUCCCCAAACUUCACCCUAUGCAAGCUUGUUCAACAGAAGGGGUCCUUCUCUUCAGUUUGCAUAUGAUCAUGGUUCAUCUUCUGACCAUCUUAGGAUCAUAUCUGAAUCCUUUGUUGGACCGGUGGUUCAACCCGGUUCAGCACCCUUUGGCCUCCAAACCGAGUUGGCUAAGAUGACUGCUCAAGAAAUCAUGGAGGCUAAGGCCCUUGCAGCUUCCAAGAGUCACAGUGAAGCUGAAAGGAGACGCAGGGAGAGAAUCAAUAACCAUCUUGCUAAGCUGCGCAGCUUGUUGCCUAGCACAACCAAAACAGAUAAAGCAUCAUUGCUAGCAGAAGUGAUCCAGCAUGUGAAGGAGCUGAAGCGUCAAACCUCACUGAUAGCAGAAACGAGUCCGGUUCCAACAGAAGCUGAUGAGUUAACAGUAGUGGACGAAGCUGAUGAAGAUGGAAACUCAGUGAUCAAAGCCUCUUUGUGCUGCGAAGAUAGGUCAGAUCUGUUCCCUGAACUCAUCAAGACCUUGAAAGCGUUGAGGCUAAGAACGCUUAAGGCUGAGAUAACAACGCUUGGUGGGCGCGUCAAGAACGUAUUGUUCAUCACUGGAGAAGAAACAGACUCAUCAAGCAGUGAGGACCAUAGCCAGCAACAACAACAGUGCUGCAUUAGCUCAAUACAAGAAGCGCUUAAGGCUGUGAUGGAGAAGAGCGUUGGGGAUCAUCAUGAGUCUGCUUCUGCGAAUAUUAAGAGGCAAAGGACCAAUAUAAUAUCAAUGUCCUAGGAACGGAUCGAGGUCUUUAUGAAUUUUAUUUAAUUAAAGGCCUAUAUAUGCAUGAUCAUUAUUAUUAUUAUUACUAUCUACUAAUUAAUUAGUUGUUAUAUAAGCAUAUAUAUAUAUAUUUUGAUUUUGAUUUGCAUAUUUUUUGGGGGGUGUGGUUUGGCUUUUACUUUUUUUUUCUUUUCUUGUUAAUGGUGUGUGCUGGAAAAUGUUGUUACUUUAUAUGUAUUCUCCAUCAACAUCAUCAUCGUUAUAAGAAAUGAGGAAAUGAGAGUUUGGUGGGGUUUUUUGUUACAUGUGUACCUUGUUUGUUGCUUGACACAGUUUGAUUUGAGUC